AUGAAGGAUGCAGAGGCGAGAAUUAUAAUAUUCUGCAACGUUGAGGGGCCACAGCAAACUCUCAUCGAAGGAUGCGCUUCCUCCGCGGAAAUGUGGGAGCGUUUGAUACUGCAAUACGCCAACGCUGCUCCUAUCAACGGCAAUCUACUGCUAGAGAAAUUUUUCAACUACAAAUACAAUCCUGAGCACAGAGUGCUGGAUCAUGUGGCAGUAUACACAAACUUGGCAGAAGAGCUGAGAAACUUGGAAUCACCAGUCACUGAACAACAACUCGUUGUGAAAAUUAUCCAAACACUGCCCCCCAGUUUUCGCUCAUUCCGUUCGGCUUGGGGCAAUCUACCAAGGAACGAGCAAACAAUAGCAAACCUAACACCAAGACUGGUAAACGAAGAAGCCAUCAGCAGAGCGGCCAACAACGGCGCGAUGGAUCCGACCGAUGCGGCCUUCUUUGCGUUCCACACGCCUAAAGCAGCCGCUUUCGCCGGGGAGAGCGCCGCAAAGACAUCCCCAGGGCAAAGUUUCGACAACGCAGCACACGCGCAAGGGGGAUUUUGUGGUUGUGGACGAGGCUCCUACUUUACGGGUGAAUGGCGAGGACGCGGCAGAGGCAGAGGAGGAAGAGGAGGUAGAGGUGGUGGCAGCUCCAAUCCGCACAACCACUCAUACGCACGAAAAGAUGGACAUCAACAAAACGAUCAGCAGCAAAGCAGCCAACAUGCCGGCUCAGUCGUCUGCUUCAACUGCAAUGGAAACGGACACAAAGCUUAUCAGUGUUAUCAACAAAAAGAGAAGAAGAACGUGGUCUUUUUCGCUAAUAAGGAAACUAACGAAAAAUUCAUGACUGGCUCUCGUGUCGAAAACUCCCUCUACAGAUUAUGCGCUACGACCAAAAACCCAACGGAAAUGAACGAAGAAUCUUCAACAGCGCUCUACGGUGUUGGUAAUGGGAGUACCAAGGCGUCCUUCGAACUUUGGCAUAGAAGAUUCGGCCAUCUCAACUGUCAAGACAUUUUAAAGAUCAACAAAUCUAAAGCAGUAUACGGCCUGCACCUCAACGACGUUAAAAAACCACUCAUAUGCGAAGGUUGCAUCUUUGGAAAACUCCACCGUAGCAAGUUCCCAACCGGAUGCGGCCGCGCGGAAAAUAUCGGCGACUUGAUCCACUCCGAUGUCGGGGGUCCAUUACACGUGCCAACUCCUGAAGGCCAUCGCUUCUUCGUCAUCUUCAAAGACGACAACAGCAGUUAUACAGUUGCCAAACUAAUGAAGACGAAAAAUGAAGCUGGCACGCAUUUCAUGGAAUUUGCAGGAAUGAUGAAAACCCAAACCGGAAGGCCAAUAAAAAUACUCAGGACGAACCAAGGAACCGACAUCCUCGGUGGAAACUUUAGCUAA